UUUGUGAAACUUUAAGUGGUUUGCUCAGUAACUGUUGGUAAAGUGUAGAUGAUGCUCUAUAAUAACCAUUAGUAACCUUGAUGACUUGUUGACUUGGAUAGAUGUUGUGCUACUGUUGUUAUAGCAAUGUCUAAACAUUUAGUAUUAUUCUGUAAUUAUUACACACUCAGUAAUUCUGUUACAUGGUCAAUGAAAAGUCAUUUGGCCAGUCCAAAUGGCAGUAACAAUAAUAACUAGCUAUAACAGCCCGUUUGUCUGGCUGCAGUGAUAUUUGGAGCACAACAUGUUCUCCCUCAUACUUCUGAUAAAUACCGUGUCGUCAUCUUAAAUACUUUCAGUGCCUGUCAAUCAGCUGACAUGAUGCAUUACAACACAUGUGUGCAAACAUACACAUAUUUAAGAUAGUGAUAAACACAGUACAGUAUAUUAAUAUCAAAAUCACCAUUUCAGCCGUUUAUUUGACAUUAAAGAAGAAUAUUUGAGUAGAAUUAGGAGCGUUAUAACACACUGAAGCUGACAGAGGCACAGUUGGAAAGGACUGAGCUCAUGGCAGAAUGAUACAUGUUUAGAGUGUCCUCUAAUGCUGUCCAUACAAACUCAUCACUUCCCAUUCAACCAAGAUUCCAGUCCACUCGCAGACCUAAAGCGUCUGGCACUCGGAGCACAGCAGGGUAAUGCUCUGGCAGCUAUCCCUCAAACACAUCACACACACAGCAGACGUGGGUAUUUCCUGGGGGCAUCAGCAGGACUCUGAGCCAGUGCCACCUCAUGACCAAGAGAAGAGAGGGAGGAGAGAGAGAGAGACAACUGGUCACAGUCAGACAGAUGAAACAAUGAGUGCAAAAGAGGGAUAAACAGUUGACAUCAUUGUUCCAGAAAAAUCAGCCUGCUGGCAGAAUCACUGCUUGUGUGAGGUGAUGCAGAGGAUGUGGACAGAGACAGAGACAGAGACACAGCCUGGGUUUGGACAGGCCUAUAAAAGGCCAGCAGCACUCAUGACUUGCUAACUUAAACCAAGUCACAUUCACUCAUAUCCAAAGUUCUUCGUCUCCUGGAAUCUGACCAUGGACAUCCCCAUCCAGUAUCCCUGGUACCGUCGGUUUUUCCCACACCGGCACCCUGAUCGCAGAGGAUCUGCUGAGAGGAUCUCGGCAGAUCCUCUCACUGAGUGGCCUCUCAUCUGGCCCUUUUCCUGGUCCUUUCCACUGAUCCCCCCUUCGCUCAUGCGUUGGUUCAACUGGCCUGACAAUGGACACAGUGAGAUGCGUGUGGAAAAGGAUCGCUUUGUCAUUUAUCUGGAUGUGAAGCAUUUCUCCCCCGAUGAGUUGUCUGUCAGUGUCAGCGAUGACUUCAUCACCAUACAUGCCAAACAUGAGGACAGACAGGACGACCAUGGCUUUGUGUCACGAGAGUUUCUGAGGAAGUACAGGCUCCCCGCCGGCGUGUCAGGUGCUGACGUCACCUCCAGUCUGUCGUCUGACGGCGUGCUGACAAUCACUGCACCUCGCUCGUCUCCCGGCCCCAAGCGCAGGGUUCCUAUUUCUUGUGAAGAUGAAAUACUGGAAAAGAAAAUGUAGAGAAGAGCCUGACAUUGUCUCACCGCUAACCCCAUGUGCUGCUGGUUUUAUAUCUAAUCUCUUAGAGUUUAGUUGUGAGUUCAGUGUAGGUGGAACAUACAUGGAAACAGGUCGACAGGUGCAAGUACCUUCUAAUCAACCUGCAUCUAACUACUGAUGAUUAAAAACAGUCAAAAUCACCUCUGUACCAAACCUGUUUACACCAUCUUGAACAUGUAAUCACGUAUAAUGCAUUUUAAGCUUCAUACUGUAUGAUUUACAUCACCUUUAAUUGAAGGGAGUGGAAAGGUAAAAGACGUCCUGUCCACUGAAGAUAAUAACAUAGUACUAUUGUUAAAGGGAAGUGCACAGGGCUGUCAGUGUGGGGAUGAGUAACAUGACAAUGUGUUUGUUCCACGAGAUCAACAUUGGUCUCUGUAUGUUAGAGGACGGAGGAAGAUGUAGGUCAUGGACUCUGGCAUGAUGUGUGUAGCUGCACUGUAUCAUCCAUGUGUAUGUGUAAGAACCCAAUAGAAUAAAUGUUUCAACAGAA